AUGGGUCGACGCCGCUUUGCCAAGAAAGGGGAGGACGUGCGGCACUUCAAGUUGGUGGCGCGUCCGGGCGCUGAUGAUGACGAUGACAAACCGCCGCUCGUCCUAGAGCCUUUCGCGCCACCAGGUUCUUUGAGGCGCACUGGAAAGACGGAGGCUGAGCUUUUGGCUGUGCCUGAGAGUCUUCAGUCGCAUGUAGGGUCUGCCAUCUAUCAGCCGGGCUGUGAAGAAGAAGAGGAAGAACGUGAUGGCAAGAGGAAGAAGGAGAGGUCCGGAGGCCUUGGUGAGGAUGUUGAUGAGGAUGAGCUGGAUGGGGACUGCUACUUCCCACCCGAUGGCUACAACUAUGAGCAGCACCUGAAAAGUGUGAGUGGGACAAAAAAGGCAAAAAGUGUGGUGGGUGUGGUCCUAGAGGCCCCGGAGCCUGUGAAAGAAGAGGACUUCCUCAAGCAACAGGCCACAAACGAGGAUGAAGAGGAGGUUCUUCGAGCACUGGACCACGUAGACGAGUACGAAGAGUUGGAGGAUGAUGUCAUGGCAGAAGUGGUGGAAGGCGGACUUGUGGAGCCUGACGCGGUUCUUUGGGGACCAGCAGCGCUAGACAGCGCCUUCCAUCCAGACAUGUCCAUCUUUGCUGAGCACAAGGCGCUUCUGCAGUCCCGAGCUAUGGGCCAAGAGGAUGACAGCGACUUUGAUGAUGGCUUAGAUGAAUUUGAAGGAGGAUACAAAAGUGGCGGAGCGAAAGCAAGCAAUGCCAAGCCGAAGGACGAGGACUUCGAACGGUUCAUGGCAGAUCAGUACGGAGAUGAUGAGAUAGGCGCUCGCGAUGAGGACGACAUCGAGGGCCAGGUUGAACUGGAUGACGACGUACUGGAUGAGUAUCUGGAAGAGAAACAAGCCGAGCAGCAGGAGCUUGUCUCUCUCUAUGAGCCGCAGCGAGGGUUCAAGGAUGAUGAGCCUCGUGUCAUCGCAGAGACCCGCGCCAUCAUUGAAAGGCACUACUUGGAGGAGGAGAGUGAGGAGGAAACAGAGUCCGGGGACGAAAGUGAAGAUGAGUCACGCACGUGGGACUGCGAGACAGUGCUAAGCACUCUCAGCAAUGUUUCUAACCGGCCAGGCAGGAUAGGCAAGCUGAAGAUCGUCAAGAAGCCGGUGGAGAAGCUGAAGCCGGUAAAAGAGUCUGAGGGAGGAAAUGAUGAUGAUGAUGUCGAGGACGUGGUGGAACUUCCGGAUGUGGUGACGACCCGUGAGAAGGGCGAGACUGCUGAAGAGAAGAGGGCUCGAAAAGCCUCCGUCAAGGAAAUGAGACGGAUCUGCCGACAAAUGAAGAAGGAUAGCAAGGAGAUGUACAAGAAGGAGGCUGCAAAAUUGCCAGGACAGGGCGGGGCCGAUCUUCGGCAGAAGACUCGUACUGUCAAGUACUGA